AUGAGUGAGGUCGCCUGGGACCUCAUGUACGGGCUGUACUCGCCCAACAGCACCCACGAGGAGCGGGACGCCAUGAGGGAAGCACGACGCAGUGAUUUCUACGCGAGGUUGAAGCAGGAGUGCAACGAGGUGGAUCCGGUGGUGGGCAGUGGCGUGGUGGUGGACUUCCCUCGCGUGCUCGAGGACGGCUCAGACGUCCCCCUCCCCUCCUACUACCCACGCCCCUGCCCUGCUGCCGCCGCUGCCGCUGGUGCUGGUAGUGCUGCUGCUGCUGCUGCUGCUGCUGCUGGUGCUGGUGCUGCUGCUUCUAAAGCCAUCCGUCCUCCCGCCCCCCCUUCCCCCUCCCCCCACCACCACCAACAGGGAUUUCUACGCGAGGUUGAAGCAGGAGUGCAACGAGGUGGAUCCGGUGGUGGGCAGGAUUUCUACGCGCGGUUGAAGCAGGAGUGCAACGAGGUGGAUCCGGUGGUGGGCAGUGGCGUGGUGGUGGACUUCCCUCGCGUGCUCGAGGACGGCUCUGACGUCCCCCUCCCCUCCUACUACCCACGCCCCUGCCCUGCUGCCGCCGCUGCUGCUGGUGCUGGUAGUGCUGCUGCUGCUGCUGCUGCUGCUGCUGCUGCUGCUGCUGCUGCUGGUUCUUCUAAAGCCGAGUGCAACGAGGUGGAUCCGGUGGUGGGCAGUGGCGUGGUCGUGGACUUCCCUCGCGUGCUCGAGGACGGCUCAGACGUCCCCCUCCCCUCCUACUACAACGGGCCCCAUAUCGACGACCCUUCCUCCACACAUAUAGAUGCGAAUGGAGGAGGGAGGGAUGGAGGAGUGGGCGGAGGAGGAGGAGCAGCAGGGAGGGGCGGUGGAGAGGGGCAGAGUGCGGUGCUGACGGAGCGGGAGAGGCUGGUGGGGCGGGUGGGGGAGGAGCGGGUGCGCAAGUGGCGGCUGGGGCUGCACCAGAUAGGAGUGGACGUGCAGAGGGCGGAUCGCACGCUCGUGUUUUACGAAGAGGAGGGAAAUCGGGACGGUGGGGUACUGGGGCGUGUGGGGCGGCUGGGGCUGCAGCAGAUAGGAGUGGACGUGCAGAGGGCGGAUCGCACGCUCGUGUUCUAUGAGGAGGAGGGCAACCGCUCCCGCCUCAUGGAAGUGUUGGCGGUCUAUUCCUGGUUCGACCCCGACGUGGGGUACUGCCAAGGCAUGAGCGACCUCAUGUCGCCCUUCAUCGUCACCUUCCCCAACAACGCCGAUGCCUUCUGGUGCUUCGAACGCCUGCUGCGUCCCAUUCGGAGCGACUUCAUGGGCACGUCAGCCAGCAUAGGAGUGCAGAAGGAGAUUGACAACCUCAAGAACAUCACCCGCGUGCUCGACCCAGAGCUAUUCGCGCAUCUAGACGAGAUAGGCGCAGGUACCAUGUUCUUCACGGUGCGCCCCAUCAUGGCCAUGUUCCGCCGGGAGCUCUCCUUUGCCGACUCCAUCUACUUCUGGGAGAUGAUGUGGUCGUGGGACUAUGAUGCCCGGGACGCCGAUCUACUAGCCAUGGCAGACCAAUCCGUGCUACAACACACCAUGCACCUCUCCCAAUCCACCACCUCCCCCCACGCCCUCGACCACGCUUCGUUUGCCGCCGCCACCACCGCUGCUGCGGAGGCUGCAGCUGCUGUGACUUCAUCUGAAGGCUCGGGGAUGGAUGGGAUGCCGUCUGGUGCGGCCAAGGCUGCUGCUGCCGAAGCUGCUGCUGCUGCUGUGACUUCCUCUCAAGGCUCAGGGGGGGGGAACGGGGUGACGCCUGGUGCGGCCAAGAUGGCUGGUGCUGCGGCUGCAGUGGCGCGGGUUGCUGGGCGAGAGGAGGAGGGGCAGCAAGGGGGGAAAGGGAGGACCAGCCCCCUGAGACCAG